AUGCAAGCAGGCAAAUACAGAAUGCCGGCAACAGUUGCGCCUCUCGCUACAAAAGCGGGCAUACCCACCACAUUGACGUCACACCCCGACAAUCCCAUCCCCGAGGAGCCUCAGAACAUCCCUCAUAUAUCAACUAGUCAGAUAAUACCAAACAUAAUCCAAGACUCGCACUCGACUGCCUCAAACAGAUCAGUUUUUGCGCUCUCGGAAAGCGGCUCGGAUACCGCCGAAACCUCAACAACGGAGCAUUCCGAUGACGGAAAUGGCAGCCAAUUCGAUGAUGCCGCUUUAGAGAAACCACAAACAACGACCAGGCCACGUCGCGCCUCGACGGUACUCAUAUCAGAGAGUUCGGAGGAUGUGCAGAGGCUACUCGGUAACAUCGGUGCUGGUGGAACACAGUUGGUUGAAAAGGUCUGCUGUGGUGGUGGAUGCUGUUUGUCGCAAGCACUGGAGCGUUCCGAAAUAGUCGUUUUGAAUCCCAUCAAGACGCCAGAUAAUCCAGCAUAUCGCAGCUUGAAUUUGAAGAUUCGCACUCUUGCGCUGGAUAGCGAAUUGACUAACAUCGUUCCUCUGCCGGAAAAGACCGUCUCUUUUGCCCCUGUCUCGUCGGAUCUUGUGGACGUUCAACUCGGACCGAAAGAUCAUCCUCCCGAGUUUGUGCAGCCUCAUCCUCCAUAUGACGUUUUCCGCGCACCGUUGCACCAUGCCCGGGAACUCACAAAACCCGGUGCUGAGAAACGCACAUAUCAUUUCGAUAUCGACGUGACCGAUUAUCCCAUUGAAGGUGGAGAUGUUGAUUUUGUUGUUGGUGGUGCAAUUGGGGUUUGUCCCAUGAACAGCGAUGAUGCUGUAGAUGGCGUUUUUAACUGUUUAGGUAUCCCUAAACCCAUUCGCGACAAGAAGAUUCUAGUGCGCACAACUUCUGGACGUUGGCCGACCAUCUGGGGCGAUGAGAAAGCUCGGGAACUAGUCACCACUCGUCGGGAGUUGCUGAGGUGGUGUUCCGAUAUUCAAAGUUAUCCUCCAACUAAGCAGCUACUUCGUGUCAUGGCCGAAUAUGCGUCUGAUCCUCAUGAGAAGAAGAUUCUUACCUUCCUGUGCUCUGCUCAAGGUCAGAGUGUUUUCUGCGACCUCCGAACCGGGGUUCACGUUUCCAUUGAACAACUUCUACAAGCUUUCCCUUCGAGUCUCCCACCUCUCGACUACCUUCUUUCUGUUCUCGGAACGCUGAUGCCACGUUUCUACUCUCUUUCCCAAGACCCAACAAUCUCAUGCACCACUCGAAACGGAGACUGUCGACGCAUCAUCGAAAUCGCCGUAACUGUCCACAAAAGCAAAGACUGGAAACACGGAACGCGAAGCGGUGUUGGCUCCGGUUUCCUGCAAAGGCUAGCCGAUCAAGUAAUCGCCGCCGAAAAACAGGGCAUUGACCCUAAGACUCUCGAUAUUCACAUCCCCAUGUUCCGCGGGCUCAUGGCCAACCCUCUCGCUCGCGAAUUCAUCCUCGACGGACCCAUGCUUCUAAUUGGUGCCGGCGUCGGCAUUGCCCCUUUCCGCGGCUUCGUGCAACGACGCCUCAAAUCAGCCAACUGCGCCAACAAAGUCUGGGUUUUGCAAGGCGUUCGCGACUCAUUACUUGACGAACUGUACAGCGGAGAAUGGGGCGUGCACGAAGAACAAGUGAAAAAAGUUGUUCAAAGCCGUAGGGGCGAAAGUCGCUACGUUCAAGAAGAAGUCCGCCAUCAAGCCGAUUUGGUGUGGUUCGUUAUCAAUGCCCUAGAUGGCCGAGUUUUCGUCUGCGGUAGCAGCAAAGGCAUGGGUGAAGGUGUGGAGGAGGCUUUGAUUGAGGUUGCCAUGGCCAAGGGCAAUCUGAACCGGGAAGAAGCAAAGGAGUUUUGGGCCCGGAAGAAGGAUGCUGGUCAAUACAUCGCAGAAACGUGGUAA